AUGCGUUCAAGCUUUCUCGUUCUGCUGCUUUUAGCCAUCCUGCACGCAAGCAGAGCUGCUGCACCGACGUCUCCGCCCGUAUUCCAGCAAGGCCACCCUGAAUUGGGCGACAACAGCGAGAGAAGGUUGCUGCGGAGCUUCAGAACUGACGAAGAAAGGGCCGCCAGCCUCGCUGAAAAGCUCAAAAAGCUGCUCGGUUUGAGUAAAACUGCCGCUACCAAUGCCGUGGACGAUUUCGCCGAAGCGAUUAUCCAAAAGAUGCUGAAGAGCGACAAGUUCAACCGCAACAUGUUCAAGAAGUGGGAUAAAUACUCCUUGGAGCAGAUCAAGACGAAAGUGGACCGCACGAAAUACGCGGAGCCGCUGUUGGAGUACGCCAAGAAGUUCCGAUCCUACAAAAAGUGGAAAUAA